UCCACCAUUCUGUCUUCCAGGUCACUUACCCAUUCUUCUGCCUCAGAUAUUCUGCUAUUGAUUCCUUCUAGUGUAGUUUUCAUUUCAGUUAUUGUAUUAUUCAUCUGUUUGUUUGUUCUUUAAUUCUUCUAGGUCUUUGUUAAACAUUUCUUACAUCUUCUUGAUCUUUGUCUCCAUCCUUUUUCCAAGGUCCUGGAUCAUCUUCACUAUCAUUAUUCUGAAUUCUUUUUCUGGAAGGUUGCCUAUCUCCACUUCAUUUAGUUGUUUUUCUGGGGUUUUAUCUUGUUCCUUCAUCUGGUACAAAGUCCUCUGCCUUUUCAUCUUGUUUAUCUUUCUGUGAAUGUGGUUUUUGUUCCACAGGCUGCAGGAUUGUAGUUCUUCUUGCUUCUGCUGUCUGCCUUCUGGUGAAUGAGGCAAUCUAAGAGGCUUGUGCAAGUUUCCUGCUGGGAGGGACUGGUGGUGGGCAGAGCUCAGUAAAACUUUAAUUCACUUGACUGCUGAUGGGUAGGGCUGGGUUCCCUCCCUGUUGGUUGUUUGGCCUGAGGCGAUCCAACCCUGAGCCUACCUGGGCGCUUUGGUGGGGCUAGUGGUGGACUCUGGAAGGGCUCACGCCAAGGAGUACUUCCCAGAACUUCUGCUGCCAGUGUCCUUGUCCUCAUGGUGACCCACAGCCACCCACUGCCUCUGCAGGAGACCCUCCAACACUGGAAGCCCCAGGACCAUGAACAACAGUACCUGCAGCUCCAGGGAGCUCCCCGGGCCCCAGGCGGUCAAGUACAUCUUAUUCAUCUACACGGGCGGGCUCCUGGUGCUGGGUCUGCUGCUCAACGGCCUGGCACUGUGGGUGCUGUGCUGCCGCCUGCUGCGCUGGACGGAGACCCGCGUCUACAUGGCCAACCUGGCCGUGGCUGACCUCUGCCUGCUCUGCGCCCUGCCCUUCUUUCUGCACUUCCUGAAGAGCAGCACAGACUCGCCACUCUGCCAGCUGUCCCAGGGCAUCUACCUGGCCAACAGGUACAUGAGCAUCAGCCUGGUCAUGGCCAUCGCCGUGGACCGCUACGUGGCCGUGCGGCACCCACUGCGAGCCCGUGGGCUCCGCUCCCCACGCCAGGCCGUGGCCGUGUGUGCCGUGCUCUGGGUGCUGGUACUGGGCUCCCUGGUGCUUCGCUGGUUCCUGGAUAUGCAGGACGGCAGCUUCUGCUUCUCCAGCCGCUCCAGGCAGAAAUCCUACACCGUGGUCUUCUCACUGCUGGGCUUCUACCUGCCGCUGGCCGUGCUGGUCUUCUGCUCUCUGCAGGUGGUGACCGCCCUGGCCCAGAGGCCAGCCGCCGACGCAGUCCAGGUGGAAGCCACCCGGAAGGCCUCCCGCAUGGUCCUGGCAAACCUGGCCGUGUUCGUGGUCUGCUUCCUGCCCUUCCACGUGGUGCUGACUCUGCGCGCGGCCAUGGGCCUGCGCACCUGUGCCAUCGGUCUUGCCCUCCAGAUCACUAGCAGACUCUCGGACGCCAACUGCUGUCUGGACGCCAUCUGCUACUACUUCAUGGCCAAGGAGUUCCAGGAAGCAUCUGCGCUGACCGCCCUCCGCACCAGAGCCAAGGCCCACAAAAGCCAGGACUCUCUGUGUGUGACCUUGGCCUAGGAGGUGGGCCACGGGCUCCUGGGCGGUGCUGCCGAGGCGGGGACUCGUGAGCAGUGACAAGGAGCUCCGGGGUUGGGCUGGGGGCGCUCUCACGAGGCCCAGGUGGGCAGAACAGCCCAGGCACGGAGCGUGGGGAGGAGACACCCCUAGCCCUGGGGCCGAAGAGGGGCAGGGAAGACGGCAGGAGGAUGAGGCCUGAGCGAGGCCAACGCCAGGGGCCCUGGGUGGGGCUGCACCCGGAGCCUGGUACCUCUGGGGUGCCGGGGGGUGGGGCCUCCUGGGUGCUGUGAAGCUCUGAUGGCUAGCUUUCUGCUGCUGCCCCACAGGGGCCGGAAUAAAGCUCUCGACCAAG